GCGCUGGGGCAGGCGGCAGGGAUCUCUGCGUGCUUCGGAACAGCCAGGGCUGCAGUGCUACACAGGGAAGGGGCACCAGAAAGGGCGGGCGGGACGGCUCCGGGAGACGGGCAGCAAAGGACAGCAGCUCCAGUGGCCUGCAAUGGUGCCUGGGAACAGGUACAACAAAUUACCACAGCUGCCUUCAGCCACCAACGUGUUAUUCGUACACAGGCAGGGACCUCUCACAAGAAUUUAUUCUCAACAAUAGAUGCAAUUAAGAACACUACAAAACAUAUAUAUGUUCCAGCCUACACGCUCAUACAUAAGUAUGUGUAUACACAAAACGGUCUUUGUUUUCUCAUCUGCAAUAGCAGAGACAGGAAAGCUUCUGCCAAUCCAUUUCCAUUUCCAUUUCCACCUGCGGCGGAGCGGGCGUUGGCUCCGAGGGCCGGGAUUUGACGCUGGGAACGCGGCUGGCAGAGCACAGCAGGGCAGAGCACGGCACAACCCAGCGCAGCACGCAGCUGCGUUCCUCGCUUGUCUCUGCCCGGAGGAAAGGCCCAACCUCACUGCACUUGUCUCAGACAAAAGCACUGCGAUAGCAAACCCCGCUCCUGGCGGUGCUAACGCUACACAGCGCUGCCGCCGGGCCCGCACAACCCGCUACGAACCGCCCCAACAACCGCCACCAAAACCGCCCGUGGAGGCGGAGCAAAACCCGCGGCACCGGAAGUUGCGGUACCGGGGGGGGCGGAGCCCAUGGGAGGGCGGGGCCUGACUGGCGGCGCGGCCCGGCCCUCCCGGGGCGACUGCUCGGCUUCCGCCCCCCCCUUUUCCUCCGCGGUCUCGCGAGAUCUUGUUUGAAACGGAGGCGGGAGGGCGCCGCUCCGCUCAGGCAGGGCCCGGCCCGGCCCCGCCGCGAUGCCGCGGAUGCUGCGCACGUACUCGCGGCGCGGCGGGUACCUCCGCGCUCUGCCGCAGCCCGACCGCUGGAUUUCGCCCCCUCAGGACCGCAAACGGCUCUUCAGCUCCUCCUCGGCCGCGUCCAGCGCCGCCUCCAGCGCUCUCUCCAGCGCUCUCUCCAGCGCCCUCUCCGCCACCUCGGACGACCCCGACUUCUCACCGCCGGGGAAGCGCCGCCAGAAACCGUCGGGUGAGCGCCCCGCCCGCCCCCGGUACCUGCGGAGCCGGCGCGGGGCGGAGAAGGAGAACCGGGCCCCGGCCCCGGCCGCCCUCAGCUCCCCGUCGCCCUCCCCGCUGCCGCGCUUCUCCCGCCGCCGCCGCAAGGGGUCGCCCUGCGCCUCCCGCCGCCCGCUGCUCUGCAGCACCCCGCAAUGGGCGCCCCCCUGCGGCGCCGCCCGCCCUCCCCGCCGCGCCGCCGCCCCGCUCGCGGAGCUCAGCACCAGCGUGGAGGGCGGCUCGGCGCUGCAGUGCAGCCCGGAGCUCUUCUCGUCGCACGACGCCUCGCUCGGCAGCGCCGCCAUCUCGCCGGGGGCAUCGCGGGGCGGCUCGGAGCGGCUCCCGCUGUCUCCGCGCGCUCGGAGCGGGAGGGAAGGGGGAACGGGAGCGCCCCGCGCGGCAGCUCCGAGCGAGAGCUCAGGGCCGGGGCUGCGGUCUCAGGCGGCCGGGAGGGUUCCGAGGGCGUCCGCGAGGGAGCCCCUGCGCGAAGCCACAGCCGCUCCUCUCCUUGAUGGUGAACCGCAGCGCUCGGCGCUGCUCGGUGCUACCGGCUCGGAAGGGCCCCGCGGUGACGUGAAGGGCGAUGCAACGACGGGGAGCCCGGGCCGACGGGGGGGCACUCCCGAGUGCUGGCCGGUGCCGGUGGUGGUGCUGGACCGAGGGGAAGUGUCGAUGUGGCUGAGAAGCCAGAGGGCAGCGUCCCCGCUGGGCCGCCAAGGAGCCACGAAGUACAAACAUAAAAGUACCAAACUCAUUCCCGGAGAGGGCAGUACCUGUAGGAGAGCGUGCAUCAGCGGCUUCAGUGCCAGCCGCUGGGGGAGGCAAACGCGGCUCCGUCCGCACAGGCACAAAACCAAGAGGCAGCAGCAGGCUGGCUCCUCUUUCCUGAGACCACAAUUGAGACAAAGAGGAGGGAAGAAGGGUGUUCAGAUGUCCGUAGGUACGCAAGACGCUGACUGUUCAUUCCUCAGUAACUCCCACCACUGGGGUAGAUUUCGAGCAUCUCUGUCCUUCCAUAAGAAAAAGAAAAUUAUCUCAGAUGACAGUUCCUACACCAGCAUCCUUUGUAAUCCCUUUGUGAAUUCCCAGCUUUCGGGGCACCAGGCAACCCUGUCUGCUAGUAAGGCUGAGUGCUACGCCUUGUCUGCUUCCUCCAUGAUCCUGCUGGCUCCCAUGAGUUCCUCUUCAGUCCUGGAGGUCACGCUUACGGAUGCGGAGAAGGUGUUUAGGGAAUGCCAGCAGGAGAGACCUAUUGCUUUUGAGGAUUGCAUUCCCCUAGAUAAGAUGAAAAACUGCACGAAAAUCGGCGAAGGGGUGUUUGGAGAGGUUUUCCAGAUCGACAGUGAGAGAGGACCUGUGGCCUUAAAAAUAAUUCCCAUUGAGGGAACCAAAAGGGUGAACGGUGAAGCUCAAAAGAGCUUUGGUGAGAUUCUACCUGAAAUAAUAAUUUCAAAGGAACUCAGUCUUCUGUCUGAAGAGUCCGUGAAUAGGACUGUAGGGUUCAUCAGCUUGUACUCUGCGCACUGUGUUCAAGGGGCCUAUCCCAAAUAUCUCCUGAAAGCCUGGGACACAUACAACAAAGUAACAGGAUCAGAAAAUGAUCGACCGGACCUGUUUGGGGAAGAGCAGCUCUUCCUGGUUCUGGAGUUUGAAUUUGGAGGCAGUGAUUUGGAGAACAUGAGAAAGAAACUGAGUUCUGUGGCUUCAGCAAAAAGCAUUCUGCACCAGGUGACUGCUUCGCUGGCUGUGGCAGAACAAGAAUUGCACUUUGAGCACAGAGACUUGCACUGGGGGAAUGUGCUGGUAAAGAAAACAGACGUAAAGGAGCUUAAUUACGUGUUGAAUGGGAGGACGUGCACGAUCCCCACAGAAGGGAUCCAUGUCAACAUCAUAGAUUAUACCUUGUCUAGGCUGGAGAAAGAUGGGUUAACCGUCUUCUGUGACCUUUCCACUGAUGAAGAGCUGUUUCAAGGCACAGGGGACUACCAGUUUGAUAUCUACAGGCAAAUGAAAGUGGAGAACUCCAACAGCUGGACUGACUAUCACCCACACAGCAAUGUCCUCUGGCUGCACUACUUGUCAGAUAAACUUUUGAAAGGCGUGGUGUACAAGAGAAAGGAAUCGACUUCUGCCAUGAGAAAAAUAAAGCAGCAGCUCACUAAGUUUCAUAAAGAAGUGCUGACUUUUGGGUCUGCCAGGGAAGUUCUAGCCAGCAGCAGCCUCUUCCAAUGAGUAAGGGAGCGCAGGGCUUCCAAGAACUACAUCACUGGUGCUGCCCUUCUCCUUUGCUGUUUUUUAUGUAUGGUCUUUUAAAUGUUGGCAGAAUGAAGAAGUGUUAUCAUCAGUUAGCAGUGUGUAUAGUAAACUAUCAGAAAUGU